CUGCGCAUCACAAACAAUGUUGCAGCAACAAUUACCCGAACUAAAGGAACGUGUGCGCAACAAACUCUUUGAGACGGAGCAGGAGCUGCAUGAUCUGGGCGAGGAUCCUCCCAAAACAUCCUCUGAGAAGCGGCAGUUGGCACACCGGAUGGUCCACGAGUUUAUAACGAUUACCAAUGCCGUGAUGACUGGAGAAUGUGUCGAUGACCGAAGGUUUCCACCAGAGAUUAACAACCUCUACAGCGAUGCUCGCGAGACUUUCGAGAAGUUUUAUAGCAAUUGUGUUGCAAAACAACCAAAUAUCAAGGAUCAUAAACUGAAGUCUGAACUGCAACAGAAGAUAAGAGCUUCCCGAGGUCGGGAGUUUUGUAAUUUUAUGGGUAAAUUUGAGCUGGUGGAAAGUAGUGCUCGGGAAUACAUCUCCAAACUGGCAAUACCUGCCCUUCAAUGCUUCGAUGACGUCCACAAAACGACCACAGACGUCGUCAUCAUUCUAGCAGAAAUGUGUUUCGGGAAAUUUCCUGAUUUUGCAGAGAAAGUAAAGGACGUUAUCAUGACGACAAGGAAAAAGACUCAAAACGAGUGCGCAAGCGAAAUCAAGGGGUAUAUCAGUAUGGAGAAUCUGGUGUACUCACAGGAUGAAACAUACAGGAGCCAAUUACGAACAGAAGAAAAGAAGAAACUGAAGGAAACUGCGGAAGAAGGGGAAUGUAUUACAUUGUCAAGAGCAUUCUUGCAAAGGCCUGUAACCGAUGAAGAUGUAAAUGGUGUCAACAAAGCACUGAUGAGUCUAAAAUCCUAUUGUCAGGUUGCUGCACGACGUCUCUGUGACGUCAUCCCCAUGAUCAUACAGAUGCAGGUGUUCCAGAAGAAGGUGAAGAGCAUGCAAGACUUGCUGAUUGGCCUUGUUUCUGAAGAAGAAAACACUGACCUUAUCCAUGAAGAAGAAGACAUGGCAUAUAAGAGGAGAGAAACCAAGUCCCGUUACGACAGACUCUUAAAGGCGGAGAGAGAGCUUGAAAAAAUCUAGCUUCCAUCAGAACAAAACAGACCUUUCAUUACGCGCAGACUGGGAUACUAGGCAUAGGAGGUGAAAGUACACAGGUUGAUGGGAUGGUUUACAUGGAAGUUUGUACAAUUUCCAUGAAGGUAUUACAAAAUAUUCAUAGUUUGUUUUAAAACACUUAUUGGUUGACAAUUGAACAAUUGGUUAAAUUUUAAGACUUUGGGUUUUUUAACAUAAUGGUUCGGGAUAUGUGUUUUCCCAUUUUGUUUGAAGAAAGGGCAGACAAAAGGUAAUGAAAUUCAUCGCCAGCAUCACAUAUAUCGCAGAGAUUACACAUUCUUUCUUCAGGUGGGAAUUUAUGCCACCUGCCUACUUCUAUAGGUAAAUCAUGGCAGGAAGUUCUCAACGAGAGUAAUUUAAGAACCAGUGAGAAUGGGAUGCCAAAUAUUUUUCAAGUUCAGUUUUGAAUAUGAGAUAAGUGGAAGAAACAUUUAGAAGAAUUCGAAAUCUCCGUGCCAUGUUUGAGUUGCUAAAUCAUAUUACCUUAAGGAGAUAAUAGAUUUAACUUCAAUGUGAAAGACAGCUUGUUUACCCAGCCAGUAACAGCUAUAGUCAGUUUCAUUAAAACGUCUUCCACAGAUUUUAUCCAGUUUUGAUUGCUAUUGUUUAUACAGGCUUUAUUUAUAUAACAUUUGUCAAUCUCUGCUCUCUUCUUGUUUCUGUCACUACUUAUUAUUGCCCUUGCCAUCCAUUUUAGCGUGUUAAAUUAAGGAUAAGUGGCAAUUAUUCGUACUUUUAUGCGGUUAUGGUUAGGGGUAUGGCCAAUUGUAUUAAGACGGAUAAAGCUCAACUAUGACAAGAACCGAUGACAUUUUCUUUUUGAAUGAAAGAUUGAGACUUUAAGCAAUGUCCAGUUUUAAGUAAUGUCCAAAGAGUUAAAUAUGAUUUUGAGUAACAUUUCAUGUUAUAUGUUAUCAAAUCUGCUUAACAUUUAAAUUAGUUUCAGCGUAUAUAACUUGGAUGUCUGAAUAUCAGUAAUAUGGCAAAACCACAGCAUCCUGUUUCCCUGCGGUUAAGAAUCAUACAUACUCAAAGUACGCUACAACGUUCCCUGCCUUAUCCAUAGUAGGGGUACACGUACAAAGGCGCGUACAACGGGAUCAGUAUAUGACAUGUAGCAACAAUCAAUUCCAUCUUUUGCAUUACCAGUUGCGCGUUUCCAGUCUGAGAACGAAAUACGAGAACGUGGAGAAUUUGUAACUUUUAAUCUCAUGGCUCGAAAUUCAGUGGGCCAAUGCCAUUACCUGUUUGUCGUCCACCUGUAUUAUGUCGUAAUCCACUUCUCCUCAGAGACAGUCCCUCGUAUUGUGACCUUUCUUCAGAUGUUGGCGGUUUAUUGCCCCUUUUUAUAUUGUAUUGUUCUGGUAGUAAACUUUUAGAUAUAAAUGCUAGUUUUACAUUCUGUAUCUAUGAAAUGCUAGUGUGUUUUUGCUGUCAGGUGCUUAUUAUCUAAUUGUAUUCAUUAUGUUUUAGAACUUGUGCUAGUCACGAUAUGGGUGAAUACUGCGCAUGUGACUUUACAUUUUCACUCACUCACUCACUCAGGAACCACUCGAUCAAUGAGGUAUCACACGUGUGUUCAUGUCAAUGAUUGCACACUCAUUUGUUCGGAAAGUUAUAUUUCAAUUUACCACAACCACUACAUUGAAAGCGACAGUUAAGGUCAUUUCUGAGACAUUUUGUAAUGCUGUAUGCUUUCCGACUAUGUAAUACUGACUGGCGGUGAUACAAUUACAGUACAGUUUUAAUCGUUCACUCACUCACUGACUGUUAAAUUUCAACACGGGCGUGCCAUUUUGUGUUAUUUCGUUGGGUUAUUUAAAUUUUGAUCUAGUUCAAAAUGCGACUGUGCUCUGCUCUAAAACUCCUUCUCCAAUACAAAUACCAGCAUUGUGGAAUUUGGCACGUACGUUUCCUCUGAAAUCAAUGUAUAAACUUACUAGUUACUAAAUAUAAUCCUAUGAAUUUAGUGAGAGAAUAUUUGAAACUGUUUUUAAAUGUCAUUUAUAUAUUUGACUUCAUACAGUGCUUUGCACUAACCCUUUCUCUUCCCAGUGCUCCUUUCACUCCUUAUUUAUCACCCUCCUGACUUUCAACCAAAAACGUAACAUCCAGUUUUAUGUUUGUUUAAUUUCUACCACUAUAUUACGGUUUAUCCAGCUGAUAAAUGGGAUAUACAUAUGGACAUCUUACUAAAUCUGCAUCUAAACAAUCCAAGUCCACUCUUGAUCGAGAUCAUUAUCAUCCAUCAUAUAUCAGCUUAAAUUCCGCUUGUUCUUUGGCGCAAAAGGCUAGAACAGAAUUGUGCAGAUAAAUGUGUCUGAAUACAUCAAUACAUCUAUUAAUAUUUUUCUGGUGUGGAUUUUUUUUUUGCGUUUGGAAAUAACUUGAAAUAAAAUGUUUUAUCUUCA